UACCAUUCUUUUGUGUGCAGUGCCAAUAUCAGUCAUUGCAGCAUUUAAGAAAAUCAAAUCCCUGGUUCACAACAACUCUCUGCUGGCUAUGGCUCUCCGGACAUCAUCAAAACUUGUCGUUAGUGAUGAUGGAAAGAAAUUAGACGGCAACUGCCUUUUACUGAACUAGAUGUGGAAGAAUUGCAGUCACGCAUUUGUUGUGGCUGAAAAUCUACCUGAGGAUCAUUGUUACCAAAACCUCAUGAAGGUUUUCUCUGCAGUUGGGAGUGUAAAGACGAUUCGUACAUGCUAUCCUCAGACCACAAAUGGCACAAACGCUCAAACUAACAAACCAGCAAAACUUGACAUGCUUUUUGGCAACAGGUUGCAUGCAUUUGUCGAGUACGAGACUGUUGAGGAUGCUGAGAAAGCAGUUGCUGAACUUAAUGAUGAGAGGAACUGGAGAAGUGGGCUCCGAGUUCGUUUGCUGCUUAAAUGCAUGACAAAACAUGGGCCAGGUCGAGGGAGAAAGGGAGGGCAUGAAGGUGAUGUUGAUGGAGAGGACGAUGUCUCCACAUCUAACCUGCCAAAUGAGAAGCAGGUGGAAGAUCCUUCUCAAAUAUCUGAAGCAUCACAUGAUAAUGUGGGUGAGGCUCUUCUCAACGAAAGGGAUGGUGGAUUGAGACGAGGAAGAGGUCGGGGCUGGGGAGGGAGGGGUCGAGGACGUGGCCAGUACAACAGUAAUCGUAAUGGUGGUCAUAUGGUUGGCACACCACCCUCGAGCCAUCCCAUCCACACUGAACAAUCUGUGGUGGCUAACAGGCAACCUCCUGGUCCUCGCAUGCCAGAUGGGACAAGAGGAUUCACCAUGGGUCGGGGAAAGCUGGUAACCCCUGCCAGUAUGGUUUAAUGACCGCUCUAUAAAUGCGUUUUCCUGAAAAAUACAUUUGGUGUGUUGUUGAUAGAAAGGUGUUGUAGUGCUAUUGUAGCUCUGGCUUUGGUUUUGGUAAAUGCCUUCUCUUGGACUUUCUGAUUAGACUUAAAGUCAGAUCCGUACAUUUCUACCUCUUGGGAGUGUUUUUUUGGGGUUUCUGAACUCCAGGUGCAGA